AUGGCGCCGGUCGUGACGGCAAUCCAGCCGCCGGCUGUCGCGUCCAAAAUCAAACGUCCAGUGCCCCCUGGCAUCCAGACCAACGGAGCAAGCUCCAUCAAGUCAUCGCCCUCUCCAUCGAUGUCUACCAAGAAACCACCAAAUUCCGCGACGAUGAAUGGUGCGAAUCCACAAUCUGCGCGACCCGCCAACCGCGUGCGCCGCGAACAGUCGGCCCAGGGCGGUCGCAACUCUAGGAACAGUGCAGGGCUGCGCUCAGCCUCGCUCGCCGCCGACAUGGCUGCGGCCCAAGCCGUUGAGCCACCACCUUAUGUGGUCACGCCCGAGUACAUCCUGAAGAAAUACGCCGGCAACCCUCCAUCCCUUGUCGUACACAUGCACCAGAACCACUUCCGGUUCGACCAACAAGACGGUAUCUUCCAGUACAAGUCGCCCAUGCAGAUUUUCCUACAACACCUGCGGCUGCGCACAGUUCCUCACGACCUCCUCGAAUACUUCACACAGUGGGGUGUGCCCUUCUACGAGGGGUGCCUCAUCGUCCAGGUACAUGAUCACAAGUCGGUAGCCCAGUCCAAGGAUGUUGCGCGACCGACUUCUGCCUCGAGCAACAAAGUAGUUCCCUCAUCUAUUCACAACCAUAACCCAUACAUUGUACCAUCGCCGUACGUCCCGUACCCCAAGGAGUCUCUCGGAGCUCAGCCUGAGCUCGCCCACCAAGAGCAUGAGGAUACGAAGCACAAGACUGCGGAGGAAAAGGACAAGGAGAGCAUGCCAGCGCCCAGUCUGCCGGGGGAAGGCCAAAAGAGCAAGGUUCCUCCAAAGGCCAAGAUCUUCACUGUUGUCCUGCAUCCAACGGCAGAGAGCCUCCAGGCUGAUCUUCUGAUCAAGGCUGCGACUCCUCGCGGAGCGGCCGAUGGACGUGGAAGCAUCGAUGCUAACGGCGCUCCCCCUGCAACACCCAUCACCAUGGUUCCUCCCACUCCCACGGCGGGAGCCAUGCCGCCUCCGGCCAAGAAGCAGAAACGUGAGAGGAUGGAGUUGGACUCCAGCAACAUCUACCUAGCUGAAUCUCAGAUCCUGCUAGCGACCAAUGCUCCUCUCUUUUUGGAGCCGACAAGGGAUGUGGAAGAAACGAUUGCUCUGCUCGAUGCUCUGACCCACCCCAAGCACUCAGAUUCUCCUCCCCAGCCAAAGACGAGGAAGCGGACCGUGGCCGAGAUGGCUGCCGACGAGGCAGCCGCGGCAGACCAAGAGAAGUACAUGCUUACUUUGGACGAGCGCACGUUUACUGCCGCCGGCGGAGCACAGAGUGGGUCGAACGGCGCCGACAAAGAAGGCCCUGCCGUCGUCACCACCUUCGAGCCCAGAUUCGAGCGAUUCAAGGUCAUCGCCGAGAUUAAGAGGGAGCACGAUGAGAGGAAAGAACAAGAGAAGGCCAAGGCCGCAGAGAACGAGCGCAAGCUCGCUCAAGAGAAACAGAAGCAGAUGCAGGAGCAACAGGCUGCUAUCACUGCUCAACGCCAAGCCGAGGCCGAAAAGCUGCGGCGCGAGCAUAUCAUGGCUCAGGAGCUCAAAGCUCGUCAAGAGCAGCAGCAAAGAGAACAGCAGCGACGAACCUUGGCGGCUCAGGCUGCUGCGCAGAAUCAGGCUCAGAGCCAGAAUGCUGCACCGCCCCAACCCCAGCCAACACCUACAACCAUGCCAAAUGGCACUACGGGAGCUGUUCCCAGCGGUAUUCCAGCGCAGACCCAUGCCCGUUUUACUCAAGCAUCUCAGCCUCCAGUUUCUUCACCAGUCAUCCGUCAAGGCACACCUCACAGCAUGUCGUCGCCCAUGCCUGGCGGUGUACCGAUGCAGCAGUCCAAUUCGAAUAUGGCCAACAGCCCUCCUCGGCCGCCUUCGGCAGUUCAAGGCCACCCCCCGAACGUCGGAGGUGUUCCUAUGUCUCACAGCAUGUCUGCCCGCGCCAGCCAGCAAAGCCAUCCCAACGGUACGCCCCGCAUGCCACAAGGAACUCCGAGUAUGCAGGCAACGCCAGUGCCGCGACCUGCCGUUGCUGCCACGCCUCGCAUGGGACAAGCCAGUCCUCCUCCGAAUAUGAUGCAAUCAAACUCUCAAAUGGGCCAGCCUAUGAUGAACGUCGGCACACCUGGAUCCAUGUCGAACCAAAUGCAUAACCCCAACCUGAUCGCAGCUCAAGUAGCCCAACAGCAACGUGCUAUUCAGCAACAACAAUUGCAAGCAGCUAUGCAGAGUGGCAUGGGUAACAUGAUGAAUGGCAUGAACCCGCAACAGAUGACGCCCCAGCAGCAGCAAUUUAUGCAGCAGCAGAUGCACCAGCGCAUGCUUUUGCAGCAGCAACAGCAACAGCAGCAACAGCAGCAACAACAACACCAGCAGCAGCAACAUCAACAACGCGGUAACAUGGGUAAUAUGAUGACGCAACAGCUGGCGGCCCAGUAUGCUCAACAACUUAACCGCAUGGGAGGCAACCACAUGGGCGGCGGUCAGAUGACGCCACAAAUGCAGGCACAGCUCCAGGUUCAGCUCCAGGCGCAGAUGGGCAAUCCCAUGCAGCGGCAGAUGGGUGGCCAGGGUAUGAUGAAUGUGAAUGGGCAGAAUAUCAGCAUGCAGCAAGCACAAGCGAUGAUGCAGUUGCAGCAGCAGCAGCAAGCGAUGGGCGGGAAUAGCGCUCUCACGAACCAAGUGAAGAUGCAGGGAAUGGCCAUCUACAACAAGCAAAUCGCUAACCUUGCUGCCAAGUAUGGCGGGAGCGUGGAAAACAUCCCACCUGCCGAGAUGGAGAACUUUAAGCGGCAAUGCAUGUUGGAGGCCAAGAACCAGAUAAGUAACGUUCUUGCACAGCGUAGGGCGCAGCAGGUGAUGAUGCAGCAACAGCAGCAGCAACACCAGCAACAGCAACAGCACCAGCAAAUGCAGCAAAUGCAGGGGAUGGGCGGGAUGAUGGGACCUCACGGAAUGUAG